AUGACAAAGUACUUUUCUCCUUUGUGCAUCUUGAUGAUAAUUUGGUGCAUUUGGGCUCCCAUCAGUACUGCUAGUUACGAUGGGACAACCUAUAGUUCAUUUGCAUCCACUGAGUGUAAACGACAUCCAGAAGAGCCCCUUUACGAUGGAGGGCUCCUGAUGGAUAAAGAAACCCAGUAUACUUGGGUCAAUGGGAGUAACCUAGUUCUUUCCCCUUCUUUUGCUUUGCAAAACCUCACAAAGGACACUUAUUACUGCUUUUCUGCUUGGGUCAAGACAAACGAUACAAGCCUGACACUCAUUAGGGCCAGCCUAACUACGGAAAUAGAAACUCUAAACUGUACAGGGACUGUUCUGGCCCAAAAAGGGUGCUGGUCAUUUCUUAAGGGUGGAUUUAUGUUAAAUUAUACCUCCAAUUCACCUCUUCUCUAUUUUCAGAAUCCGCAAGGCAAAAAUAUCAAUGUUCAGAUUGCCAACCCUGCAUUGGAGCCCUUCAGCAAGGAGCAAUGGAGAUUGGACCAGGAAUAUAAGAUCAAUAAGGGAAGGAAACGAGAAGUUAUCAUUCAUGUUUCAAAUAAAAAUGGCCUUAAGCUGAAAGGAGCAGAUGUGACCGUAAGACAAAAAUCACGAGAUUUUCCAUUUGGAUCAGCCAUUUCAGCAAGCAUCAUUGGAAAUUUGCCAUAUCAGAAAUGGUUCACUGAGCGAUUCAACGCGGCGGUUUUCGAGAAUGAGCUCAAAUGA